CGCUUGAUGAUGAGGAGAGAUCUGCGUCGAGGAAUCUGUGUGUGAAGCGGCGCCCAGCUCCCUUGAGUUGAUUCGGUCAAUCCAUCGGUCAGGAUGCUCAACCCGUUCAGCAGAGAAGGAGGUACGUACGGGUGGGUGAGAGCCGGGGAUGAAAGACAGACAGCACCAGAAUGACGGCGGAUGGGUGCCGAAGGAACAGAAGCAGGCAGCACCUUUGGCAGUGCAUAUCUGUGUGUGUGUGUUUCGUUCAGAGGGUUCUCUGAAUGUGACUGGGUCAUCGACAGCGUCGGCAGAUCCGCUUGACGAUCCCAACUUUGACCCCAUCGACUACAUCAACAAGAAAUUCCCAAAUGGUGCGCUGAAUGAAUACCUCACACACUAUGAUUGACCUAUGGUUUGAGGGAUGCGUGUGUGUAUGUGCGUGUGUGUCCUGCCCUCAUGUGAUUCCCAUGUGCAGAGCAGAGUUUGUCCAAGAUCGAUCACUUCAUCGGGGAGCUGCAGGAGGAGGUCAAGUCGCUGGACCAGCAGAUACUCGUGGCUGUCAGGAAGCAGGCCACGUCCAGCGCUGACACGCAGAGGGACCUCGCCGACGUGCAGACCGCCAUACAGGUAGUUAGUGUGGUGUGCACUGAUUGAUCAUGAUAUAGGCACAGAGAGAGAGAGAGAGAGAGAGAGAGAGGGCCUCCCACGUGUGUGUGUGCAGGAGCUGUUUGACCGGAUCAUGCGGAUGAAGAAGAAAGCGGCCGAGUCGGAGAACCUUGUGCAGGGUAGGGUCAGUCAGCUCACCAGACAGACGCACAGGCUUACUUACACUUGUGGUUGUCAUUCAUCAUGCUUGAAUGAAUGAAAUGGCUGGCUGGUUUCAGAGAUCUGCCGUGACAUCAAGUGCCUGGACUACGGCAAGAAGAACCUCACCACCACCAUCACCGCUCUCAAAAGGCUCGUCAUGCUCGGUGGGUCGCUGAGCGGGUGGGAACACCACACACACACACACACACCGCCACAAGAACGCCAUCUUGUGCUGCAUGUUGGGUCGCUACAUUCAUUCAGUGACUGCAUUGGACCAGCUGCGUGAUGCGGCGGCCAACCGGCACUACCGCGAGACGGCCAACCUCAUCCUAGCCAUCGAGGAGCUCAGCCUGCACUUCAAAGACCUGAUCGGCGUACCGAAAAUCGCGGUCAGUGAGGGCGAAUGAAUGCCAAGAGAAAGGCGAGGCGGUCAUGGAUGUGCGCACUCUCCUCUCUGUCCCUCCCUCCCUCCCUCCCUCCCUCCCUCCGUGUGUGGUGUGGUAUGGUUCAGGAGUUGUUGAGUCAGAAGGCGACCAUCUUUCGCGAGCUGCAGAAACAGCUCAUGGAAGACUUCGACACGUCAGUGAGGGGCGGCAGCAAGGGAGGGAUGCCAACAGCCGCUUUGCGGACGUCAGACCACAGUGACAGCGUCCUAUGUGUCAUUCGUUAUUCAGUCUGUUGGACACGAGCCAAGAGACGUGCCCGUGCCUUCCCGAGGCAGCGGCUGCCGUCGACGCCAUGACACCCGACGUUAGGUAUUCGCAAUGCGCACACGAAGAACAACCGACCUCACACAAUGGGGCGGGGCCUCCAUUGUCCGUGUCUGUCUGUGCGUCGCUGGCGUGUUGGCUGUCAGGCGUGACAUCGUGACGUCGUUUUGUCUGCGUAUCCUUGAGCCGUACAAGAAGUUGUUCCAGCCGCCCGAGGAGGCGUCCACCCUCGAGAUGGUGGAGCGGCGAUACUCGUGGCUCAACAGGACACUCAGGGAAUACGAUGACAAAUACGGUGUGUGAGUUGGUACCAAGACGACAUCCAUGGCGUCCGAAUGUGGUGGUUGUGUGGGUGCAUCAUCCGCAGCGUCUGUGUUCCCCGAAACCUGGGCUGUGUCGUGUGCCCUCUGCGAGCACUUCUGCCACAUCACACGGUCGAGCACACACACAUAACGAACGGCUUUGGCUGAGCCAGCGGACGUGUUUGUCUGUCUGUGUGGCUCCCUGCAGGCAGCAUUUGGUGGAGGUGUUGGGUGCGUGUCACCACACGGUGGACCCCACAGUGCUGGUGCGUGUGCUGCACAAGUCGAUCGAGGUCGAGGAGAAACUCGCCAAGAAAUUCCAAAACACCACCACUGACACCGUCAGUCAGCACGACAGACGUCGCCCACACAGACGGACGCACCUUUCAGCUGUGUGUUGUCGCCUUGCAGGGCUUGAAUCCCUUCUCGCCGUCAGCAGCGGGGAGCGAGUCUCAAAUGCCGCCAUCACUCCAGUACCCCGGUAGGUGGACGCACCGAGCUGGGAGCCUGGCUGAUAUAGUGAAUGCACCACACCACUGGCUGCUGCAUGUAGACCUGCUUGCUGAUGCCGCCAAGAAAAGGGUGAGUACACACACCAGCUGGCUGGCCACAGGAUGCAUCUACCCUUGUGUCGAGUCGAUGUAUGUUGGUUCAGGCCGACGGCAGUGUCUCCCGCACCGUGCCCCGCUUCAAGGGCAUCAUAUCUGAGUGCUUUGAGGCCUACCUGGGGUCCUGGGUCCGAUACGAGGAAACGUGAGACACACAACCCGCAGCCACCCACAUCAGAAUGACGCCGAUAUUGUGUUUUUGUUUGUGUCGUCUGUCCUGCAGGCAGCUGAUCGAUUCGGUGAGUCGUGCGACGGCCAACGAUUCCAUCAUUGGCGAGAGCGAUCCGUCCAUGGCCAGCAUACGCAGGGGAGCGUCCUUUGACAGACACGAUGGGGUACGUCAGCUAGCUACGUGCAUACUCACGAGGGACGGAGAGAGGGAAAACUGUGUCCCUGUGUGUGUCCGUCUGCAGGACGAGGAAGAGUCCGACAUGCCCAAGUGAGUCAGCUCACCAGCCGAUGCACACACACACAUACAUAUUCGAGUGCAUGUCCGCCGUCCGUGCCGUCUUGUCAGGUACAUAUUUUCGUCGGCGUCUGAGAUCUUCUCUGCCUUCAAGGCCUGUCUCCGCCGCACCACAGCCAUCUCCACACACCAAACGCUAUUCGACAUUUUCCAGGUACACACACACGUCGACCUAGAAGGGGGGCGGAUUCCCCUGUCUGGCUGGCUGGCUGGCUGGCUGGCUUUGUUUGUGUUGUGUAUCAGGUGUUCAAGCGUGUGUUGAAGCGAUACGCAGACAUCCUCACUGGACGGAUCACCAAGUAAGUAGGACAGACAGGGCGAUUGAGGCAGGGGUGAAGACGUAAUGACGGCUCUGCUUCCUGCUUCCUAACACACUGAUCAGGAAGGUGGCCCCCCUGACGGACGAGGCUGCCAGGACCAUCGGCUCCGUCAUCGGAACCGCAGAGUAAGCCACCCAUACACAAUAUAUGCACCCACAUGGGCAUAUGAUCACUUGUGGAUGAGUGUGUCCAUCCAUCCACCAGGUAUUGCGACUCGACAUUGCCUGCGCUGUCGUCGGCCAUUGUGCGAACGAUCGACGAGGCCUUCACGUCCAAGGUCAACUUCGACCCUGAGAGGGACAUCAUGUGGAAGUAAUCAAGACGCAGAGACAACGAAUCAGCACAAAUAGAGGGAGAGAGCCCUGUUCGUUCGUUUGUGUCGACUUCAGUCUAAAGACCGGAGCUGUGCAGUCGCUCGUCACCUCAUUUGAGGUAUGUGUGUAGUGUAUGUGUCUCCGGGCCGCCCACGCACUGCGCGCACACACGUGGCUCGCUGGAUGCAGACCCAACUCGAGCCUUCGUUCGCCAAGAUGACCAAGACAAACUGGGUGGGGUGGGUGCGCUGCCUAUAUAAUAACACUCAGGCCAACCACACCUGCUUGUACUGGGUGUGGUGUGGUGUGACCAUGCAGGUGGCCCUGCAAGAGGUCGGCGACCAGAGCAGCUAUGUCACUGAAGUGGGAGGUCAGCACUCACUCACUCACUCCAUCCCAUCCCAUCCCAUCCCAUGCCAUCCCAUCCCAUCCAGCCAUAUAUACAUACAUGAAUUGACAAACAGACACCAAAAGGAGCGCGCUCUGUGUGUUAAAUUGUGUGUAUGUUGUGUUAUGUGGUGCAAUCAGAGGUGAUGACGACCCAGUUCCCACUGGUCCGCGCCAAUCUGUCCCUCACCUACUACCGAUUCUUCGGAGACAAAUUCGCACAGUAAGCCCUCCAACCCACCCACCACAUGCAUGCAUGUGCAUCUGCUCUGCGUGCGGGCGUGUCCACACAACACAGGUGGGUGGUGCCCAAAUUCAUAUCGAGCAUCUACGCAUGCAAGAAAAUCGGAGAGCUCGGUGCACAACAGGUGGCUGGCUGGCUGGGUGGCUGACACGCAGCGUGUGUGCAUUCACUGUGCGUCGGUGUGUCGAUGGCAUGUCUGUUGUGUGUUGUGUUGUACUUGGCAGCUGUUGCUGGACAGCUAUUCUCUCAAGACCUUGCUGCUCGAGGUGCCCGUGCUGGCCGCUGAGGGCAAACCCGUCCCGGCAGGGUGAGCGACUGAUUGAGGAACAAACAGAGAUGCGCUGCAGAGGCAUGCGACCCGUUCGUUGUCCGCGUAUGUUCGCAGGUAUGCCAAGUAUGUCAUCCGCGAGAUUGGGCGGGCCGAGACGCUUCUGAAGGUACGCAGGCGUACCUGCAUGAGUGCUGGUCCCACCCUGUGUUGCCUGUCUGCCGUUCCGGUCAGAUUUUAUCUUCGUCUGUCGAGGACGUCGAGUCCCUCAAGACGUUGCUUGAAGGCCAGGUAUACCUACCGGUCGAUUCGAGGCCAAUGGACGCAGCAGCACGUGCCACUGUGUGCUGGUUGUUUCUUAACAAUGGCCAGGGUGCGGUGGCCACGCAAGAGGAGAUCACCCGCAUCCUCUCGUUGAAGGCGGGUGCUGCGGAUGCAGCACAGGCGGCCGCAGCCACAGACACAGGGUCCGCCACCCACCCACAGCCCCGUGUGGGUGCCGCCCUGCAGUCCUUCACAGUGGGCGGCCUCACCAGCGGCGCUUCCCACAUGCUGACACAGAUCCAGCCACACAUCUCGCAGAUGCCGCUACAGGUGCCCUCAUUCAACUUCGGUGGCCUCCAUGCAGGCGGCAGCGGCAGUGCAGGCGCGAGUGCAGCACCCAGCCCCUCCGUCACAAGCAGUGUGGGCAUACUCAACACGACCACCGGUGCGAGUGGCAGCACUGUGGGCGAGAGGGUCGGCCAACCUCCAUCGAUCAGCACCACUGCCAGCCCACCCACCGCUGCAUUGUCUGCCGGGCUACCUGGCUCGCCGCAAUGGCCGAGAAACGAAGCUGGUAUGGAUGGAUGGAUGGAUGGGAAAUGGCUGCCUGGCUCAUGCCAUGAGUCGUGUUGCAUGUGUUGAUUGGUUUGUGUGUGCAGCUUCAUCAAGCGACAGCGAGGCCCCCCAACAGCCGCAGCGGCCGGCGAUGGGCCGUCUGUUCGGCGACUUCCAGUCGCUGGGGCAACGCCUUGGGGGUCAGGCCACACAAGACGUCAAGAAGCUCAUCGGUACGUCAAGGCACAACGGGCGCGAAGGAGGAGAAAUAUGCGAUGCAUAUGUCUGUGUGUGGGGUGGGUCACAGGUAAGUUCACUGACCGUGACCGAGGCGCUGGGCGGCCUCCGUAGACACUGGGCCGUAGCACUGUUGUGAAUUGAUGUGGACAUGGAACGAUAAUUCGUGAAGUGCUUGUGUCUCGGCAGACGCGACGGC